CCUUGAGUAUUGUUUGUAACAGCCUCCUUAAAGGAGCCACGUGGUAACGUAAACGUGCACGUCUAACAAGUUGAGAACUUAGGAGUUUCUAUUGGCUAUUAUUGACACCUUUAAGUUAAAAAACUAAUUACACCAAAGAACAGCUGGCGGCAUAAAACGUAUGCGAUAUUAAAAAUACAAUUUAUUUCACGCUUCUCAAUAUUAUCUGGAAGCUCCACAGGCUGCGGAUGGCUUGUUUUUCUUCGCGGACAAGCUAAACAGGCAAGUGUUAGAACUGCGUGACCCGCUCUAAUCUUGUACUGGCUCCUCAGCGUAUUGAAGCCUAAAGAAACGCCAACGUUUUUCAGAGUAAAAAAGAUUUCAUCGUUUGUGUUUAUAAACAGCCCGAUAUCCUAACAAAGUUGUCAACAGAGGACCGCCUCAUCAACCGAUUUGACUACAAAACUUCGGACCCUGUUUGAACACUCAAAGUGGAUUCCAUAGCGACUGAGUCUUUUCAGUAUACAUGUUCUUUUUCCUAUAUAGACAUUUAAAGCUGAAGAUGUGGUUUUUUAUUCUCGGUUGGUUCUUCACCGUCGUAACCGUUUUGGGAAACGCGCUUGUAAUGUACUUGAUAAUCACAAGGGCAAGAUUGCAUGUUACAACAAACUGGCUUGUCCUGUCGCUAGCAUUGGCUGAUUUGUGCGUUGGAUUGACUUACUUCCCACUUCUCUUCAUUUCAAACUUCUUCCGAGAGUUACCCAUCGAUCACACGGGGUUAUGGUUCAAACUCAGCCAUACCUUUUUAUAUUCCUCAUCAACAAACUUAUGUGCCUUGACGGCAGACAGGUUCCUUGCAAUUACGAUGCCUUUAAAAUACACCGUAUUCAUGACGGAGAGACGAUUGAUAAUAUCCCUGGCUACAGCAUGGAUCGCACCAUUACUGCUCUUUACAAUACCUUCAAUUUUUACUUAUUCUAAUAACAAUGCAUCUUUUACGUUUAUCUCCGAGACAUUCAGAGUAUCAGUCUUCCAGCUUAUCCCAAGCGUGCUGUUUGUAUUUGUCACCGGUCGUCUUUGCCUCAUAGCAAUAGACAUCUCGCAAAAGGAAUCGCUGCUUUUGGCUCAAAUCAGGUUCAAUUUCAAACCACAGCAAAAUGCACCGACAAUAAAGAAGCAGAGGGAGAAGACAGCUUCAGUGAAAAUGAUUGUGUUAAUUAUUUUGCUUUUCGUGUUGUGCCACAUCGGAGGAAACUAUCGUUGCUUCUGUUUCGUUUUCAAACUUUGUGUCGCUUCGGAAAAUUUGAAAAACGUUAUUCACGUUCUUUUUAUCGUGAACUCGGCGGUGAAUCCUUUGGUUUACGCUGUUUUGAAGAAAGACAUGAAAAACGAACUUAAGAGGAUAGCAUUAGAUAGACAUUGUCACCGUUGACACUUCAAUAAAACUUGAGAAGCGGCGAUCUCAUGAAUUUAAGGUAGCAAUGAACUCAUUUAAAGGAAAAAAAACAGUGGUAGACUAAAAACAUUCUGUGAACUUUAAGCCUCUUAGAUAGUUUUUAUAAAGUAAACUUUUGUUUUUCCCUCAAGGUACGUGGUCGUUCAAAAAAUUUAUAGUGCAAAAGCCAAUACUUGGCGUAGCAGUCGAAAGCUGUUCAAAUACCGAGUCAUGGUUUCAGUAGCAGUCACAACAGAGAAGUUAAGAAGAUUUAAAGGAAUAUAUCAAUGUUACAGUAAAAGAUAUAAUGAAGUUUUUCUUUUGCAGUGGAAGUAAGGGAUAUGGUUAUUUUGAUUGCAACUUAGAAGCAAGUUCACAAUUGAGCGUUGAUGAAAAACACUGUACAAAUAAUGUCUAGCGGUUUCAUCGCUCGUAGUCAUAACAAUUUAAGACGUAACAACGUUAAUUAAUUGACAAACACAGUAUUAUGGCUCGUAAG